UCGUUUGUGGGGCACAAAAAACCACGACAUUCUCCCAAAAUAACUUCAGCCAAACCCCAGAGGCACGAAAUUCCGGAAUCCCGAAGGCAUGCUAGUCUUCCAGGCUGUGUCCUUGGGUUCUCAAAAAGUGGCCAGUCGUGAGGCCCUGAGAGCGGGUCCCAUUCCCGCAACAAACCAAAGUCAGAGUGUAACUCCAGGUCAGGGUCUUCAAAAGAAACUUUAAACGGGAAAAAAAAGAGAUAACAAAGAUAGAAAUAGAGCUGUUUUUGAAGAUGUAAGCAAAGGAGUGCUAUAUGACACCAUCUUGCCUUCGCUCUGCCUCUGUCUCCAUUCAUGGACUUCUUGACUUCACUUUGCCUCUGUCUUCAUUCUCCAUUCAGAAAUCUGAUGACAAAGGGGAACAAGCUGUUCCUGAAUUGUUGAGUGUGGGUCUUCAGGCUCCUGUACCUCCUCCAAGUUUGCUAAUGACACUAUUGUAGUCGGAAUCAAAGGUGGCAACAAAUCAGUAUAUAGGAGUGAGACUCAAAGUCUGGCUGAGUGGUACUGCAAGAACAACCUCUCACUCAGUGUCAGCAAGACCAGGAGCCGAUCAUUAACUUGAGGAGGAAACCAGAGAUCUAUGAGCCAGUCCGCAUGCGGGGAGCAGAGGUGGAGAGGGUCAGCAACUUUAUUAUUUCGGAGGAUCUGUCCUGGACCCAGCUUUUAUCUAGUUAUGCCAUUCAUGGAUGCGGAUUUGAGUCAGAUCAUGGGAAAGCUGACCGAAGACAGAAUUCAGUACCUUUUAUACCAGAUAUUAAAAGGCCUUAACUAUAUUCAUUCAACUGGAAUAAUUCACAGGGAUUUAAAACCUGGUAAUGUGGCCAUAAAUAAAAAUUGUGAAUUGAAGAUCAUUGACUUUGGUCUUGCCAGACACACUGAUUCAAAAAUGACAGGGUAUGUGGUUACACGCUGGUACCGUGCACCUGAAGUCAUCUUGAACUGGAGGCAUUACACUCAGACUGUUGACAUUUGGUCUGUCGGUUGCAUAUUUGCUGAAAUGUUCAAUGGCAAGAUAUUGUUCAAAGGAAAUGACUACCUAGAUCAGCUAGCAAAGAUUAUGAAGAUAACAGGAACUCCUGGGACUGAUUUCAUUCAGAAAUUAGAAAGCGUUGAGGCCCAAGAGUAUAUUAGAACACAACCCUACAUUAAGAAAAAGGACCUUUCUUCCCUUUUUCCCAAUAGCAGUCCUUCAGCUUUGGACCUCCUGGAGAAAAUGUUAGUAUUGGAUGCAGACAAACGGUUAUCAGCUGCUGAAGCUCUGAGUCAUCCCUAUUUUGAACCAUUCAGAGAUCCCGAAGAUGAGACUAAAUCAGAGCCAUUUGAUGAUUCUUUGGAUCAGAUGACGUUGUCCAUUGAUAUGUGGAAAAGGUAUGCAUUUCAGGAGGUGAUGACAUUUCUUCCUGUAUCAAGUCUAAACAGAAUACCCAAGGAAACAGCAUUGUAGCUCUGAGACCACCCAGUAACACAUGCUGUUGAGGAGAGACAAAUGGAGACACAAUCUAUUUGUUGAAAUGAAAAUUUUGAAUAGUACAUGCAUGUUUAUAAAGGACAGAAUUUCAUUCAUUAUAGAUUUUGAACAUUUAAAUCACUUGUAUAUAUCAAUAAUUAACUUCAGUUGAACACUCCAUAAAGUUAUUGAUGACAUGACUAAUUGUCAGGAAAACUAGUUGUGAAUUUAAUCAUUUUUAUAACCUCUCCACAAUGAAACAGGAUGUACAAAAUAUUCUUAGUGAAAUAAACUUUUGUUUUCUUUCAACUUA